AUGUACAUCACCCUCUACUACAUAGUCACCCGGCUCCCUAACUCUCUUUGCUUAGUCAGGGACCAAUUCCUCUCAGCUUGCCCCACCACACUCACCGUUGACCUCCUCAAGGAGCGCCUCCUAGCCGCAGAGAAGAGCAUAGUCGCUAUAGAAGCCUCUCGUGAUGACCCUCGCACCCCCGUCUUUGAGGGGUGUUCCCCCUCCCCCCUCUUGCCCUCUAUUGCUUCUGCUGCUACUGCCGACCUCGUUGGUUUCUACGGGGUCGGCGCUGCGUCUGCCCCUAGCGGGAGACGCCGCACCAGCAAGGGCAAGGGGGGAAAGGGAGCUAGAGGGGCUAGCGAGGGCGGUGGAGGUGGUGGUGGAGGCAGUGGAGGGGGUGGGGGUGGUGGUGGGAGUGGUGGCGGGGGUGGCUACGGGGGUGGCAGUAGUGGAGGUGGAGGAGGCGGCGGUGCUGGCGGAGGGAGCGGAGGCGGCGGAGGUGGCGGAGGCGGCGGCAGCGGUGGAGCUGGUCGCGACUCUGCGCAGAGGAGUGGGUCCGGUGGUGGUCCGCGCCAGCAGCAGCAGCGCAGUCGUGAGACCCUGUCCCCCGAGCAGCUUCGUGAGUCGUACGCUGCGCGUCAGCGCGGUGGGGGUACUGGUCCCUGCACUUACGUCCUCCGUACCGGCGACCGCGCUAGUGAGCAGUGCGGGGGUCCGUACUCCACGCAGCGCUGCUUCGGCCGCCUGACGGACGCGUGGCCUUGCCAGUUCUCUGAGGCGUCAGAGAUCCCUCCCUGGGGAGAUCUGUCUAGGGCGGGGGUUGCCAUCUUUGAUCUUGACAAUGAUGCUAUCGUUGCUGCCAUGUAUGCUGUGUCUACUAGUGUUGAGGGUGACUGUUACCUGUGUAUACCACCUGACCCAGGCAUUGAGGGUAGUGCUCUAGGUGCUGGUGAGGCUUCUGCUCUAGGUGCUAGUGCGUCUGCUGCCCUAGGUGCUGGUGCGUUUACUGCCCCAAGUGCUGGUGUCUACCUCCCCUCGUUCUCUACGAACUUGGUGAGUGGAGCGGACCUACAGGAUAGGGGGGUUGACCAGUUCACUGCUCUCAGUCAGCGGGUGACCCAAUGCACGUGUGCUCAGACAGGCCGACACUUUGCCACGUUCACUCGUCGGCCAGGGUUGAGCCUACUCUCCUUUGGCACCACCGUCUCGGUCACCCCUCCCUGCCUCGUCUCUGAGGCAUGGCCUCGCGUGUCGUUGUCUCUGGUCUCCCCCGGUCUCUCCCUCCCCUACCUCCGGGCCCUGCCCCUACCUACGUCCCCUGUAUUGUGGGGCGACAACGCGCCGCCCAUCACUCCUCCGAGUUUCCUUCGAUAG